CGUCACAAUCGAGUGUCGCCUGAAGUCCCCCUGCAUCACGCUCGCCCCCGCCCCUAUACCGUUGACCAGAAACAGCAACGCCGUCGGGAAGAAUGAGUCUUCCAGUGGUUUACUGCCGCCCGAUGCGGAUGCCUGUCUCAUAGAAUCCCGAGCCGUGGAUACCUCUGCUUCUGUCUCUGCCUCUCUGCGGUCGACGGUCGUUAUUCUGCCUCCACCUGAAACCUCUCUAGGCAAUAUAGCGCUUGAUAGAAAUUCCUCGCCCCACCGUGUCCAUCGCCCGCUUUCAGACCAGCGGGAUGUUGUCUCGGUAAGCCCCCGUGCGCGCAAGGAUUAUAAAGGGUGUAUGGGUCGCUGUCGCUCGCGAAAAACGAAACCCUGCAUCUCUACGUGUCUCCUCCGGCGUCUGCGAUGGCGACCUCUAUGCGCAAUUACGUCCAACGCGCCUUCGUUCUCGCACUGGCGCUUGUCGUCGCGCUCUUCCCGCUCUCAGCCAGCGCAAACUGCCUCCCGUGUCAACGCCCGGAAGUACUCCCUCGCAGCCUAUACAACGUCUUUACCGCCCCUUUGGGAGGUGACCUUGUCGUGGCCGGCCAACCAUUCAAUUUCAGAUGGAUCAACCUGGAUGGAGAGAUCAUUAAUCUAGUCCUCGUAAAAGGUGGUCCCGAUGACCUCAAAACAGUCGGCGCCCUCGCAGAAGCUGUCCCCAACAAAGGAUCUUACACAACAGUCGUGCCGAAUAGUAUCCCCGCAGGCAACGACUAUGCUAUCGAGAUGCAAUGGGGCGCUGAAACAACGUACACGCCUUUCUUUACGAUCUUGAAUCCCUCGUACGCGUAGUCGUACGAUGCCAUCUCGUUCGAUCUUGCUGGUGUCCACCUUGUAUCCACCUACGCUCGUGCUCCCUUGGACCGCCUCCGCGUAUCCUUCCCGCCGCACGUUACAUUCAAAUGUACUAUUGCCACAUAAUCAAAGAUGGUUUCUAUCG